CAAAAGUGGAUAAUGGACGAAAGAUGAUAGCUUUAUUUAUUGUUUUAUUCUCAUGCGUUGUGUUGGUAAUCGGGAAUCCUCUAACACAACUGCUGCCACUUUUGUCAUCUCAGAAUUACAAUCAAAAUAACUUCAGACAACCUCCAAGCGUGCCCUACCCACCACAGAUAUCAAGCUACAACACUCCUUAUUCACAACAGCCAGCAAGCAAUAACAAUCUUUAUCUUCAACAACUUUUAAAUCAAAAUCAAAUACCAGCUAAUAAAUGCCCUUGCAACCAAUUGCAACAAAAUACGGUAACAGCAAGUCCAAAAGAAAAUGUAAUAAAUCAACUAUAUCUUAAUAAAUUAACAACAAAUCCAGUAAUGCAAAGAAUUUUAGGCGCAAAUGGAAAAUAUAUACCAAAUGGCAUAGAAAUUCCUACACAGCCAACUAAUGUGCCUAAUACUGGUGUAGCACCAAAUAUUGUGAAUAAUUAUUAUAUCUUAUCGCCAGAAUAUUUGGAUGCAAUUGAACAAGACAUAAAUGAACACUUUAAACCAUCAAGACAUUUUCAAAGGGAAGAACAUGUAAAUUAUAAUGGUAAAAUGCAUAGACCUCCACACAGUAGCAGUAGACAGUCUGAAAGCGUUAGACCGAGGAAAAAAUCUAAUACACGUAUACAUGAAAAUUCAGAAAAAAAUCAUGACCAUAAUUCUAGAUCUAGAAACAGAGAUAUAAAUCAUAGAGGAGAAACCGGUAAACGUAAAGCUGGAAAAAAUGACAAAACUAAACAUGUUGGUAGUAAAAAAAAUGCAACAGAAAGAAAUAGGCCAUCCAAAACACGUAAUAUGGACAAUAACGAAAAUAUUCGCAACAGUAGUAAAGAUAACGAACAACAAGAUUUCUUAGGAAAUGAACCAUCAGCAAGUCCUGAUGUCAAUGAAUCUCCUGAUAUUAUUUCAAAGCCUGAUAAUUUGCCUUCAAAUAUGAAUGAUGAGAAAGAUCAAUUGUCUGUUGAAAAAACUACAGUUUCAUCAUAUGAAGGUGACAAACCGAAAAAUAAUAAAAAAAAUAACAAGAUUGACAAUAACUCGAGAAAAAGUAGAGAUGAUAUUGUAAUUAGAGAUAUACACAGAAAAUUUCCCGGUAUUCCAGAAGAAGUAAUUAGAAAGUUACUAACAUACUUACGGCGUCAGUGCACAAAUCAACAGUUGGGUAAAUCUCGUUCUUCAAAGAAUGCUCAGUCACUUAAAACUGAAAGUAGAAAAAGUCAUGGAGGCGAAAUUAGAAACAAGUCAGGUAAUUCUAAUAGAAGAAAACGUAAGAAACAAAAAGAAAAUACAAAAACUACUUUUUCAUACAACGAUGAAAUAUUUGAUACAAGUUACACUACUACAGACAUAAACUUAUCACCAUCAUCAACAACUGACAAAAUCAUAGAUUACGAUGAAACUACUGAUCAAAAAUUGACAAAAAAUGUUACAGAAGUAUCAUCAACUAUAGAAUCUGUGGAUUUAUUAACAACUACACAAGAUCCAAAUAUUUAUGACAUUAUGAAAACAGUUCCAAUAGAAACUACUACUGAAACUUAUAAUUUAGAUACUAAAAUACCUAAAUUGGGCGAAGAAGAUGCCAUUGAUGAAGUAGAAAACUUUGUGGUUGAUUAUUAUCCUAAUUUUACCAUGGACAAUACAAAUACAGAGAGUGACGACGAUUAUAUAAGAAAUCACAGAGAUAACAGACAUUUUUAUGGAUCUGAUAGAAAUGAUCGAAAACGAAUAAAUAGAGAAAAGUUACAAGGUGCUAAUGAACUGUUUAAUGAUGUUAAAGUAACAAACAAUAAUAAUUAUUACCAUAAACAUUAUGAUCAAAAAUAUAAUUCUGAAUCAACUACGAACACAAUUGAGAAUGAAGAAAAAACUUCAACUGAAAUGAACAACGACUUAAAUGAUGCAACUGUGACGGAAUAUAUAGUUUUUCAAACACCACCUGUUUUAGAGAAUCCCAACUUUCAAACCAGGCAAGUGGAUAUAAAAUCAAUUAAUAAUGACUAUAAAAAUUAUUACCACCAUGAAUUUCCACGGGAUAGCCAUGAAAUUAUUAAUAUUUAUUUAGGUAAUUCAAAUGAUAAGCUAUCUUCUUAUUCUGAUACAAAAGCCAUGCAAUUUAUUGAUUCUAAGCACAAUAAAGUUACACCUAAAGAGGACAUAAACGUUGAUAUAGAAACGGUAUUUGCCAAAUCUAAAGUUGUCAAAUAUGGCCAUAAUCAGGAUCCGUUGAAAGAAGUUACAACGACAGAGAAAAUUAAUAUUAUACAAAAUAACAAACCAGUCUUAGUGUUUGCAAAAUCGAUGACAUCUGAAGAUCCUUGGUAAUACAAGGAAUGAGAAAUAAUAAUAUGAAUUAAUUAUUUGUAGAAUAAAUAGAAAAUUGUGCUUAAAAUUUGACUUUUUAUUUAUUUAUUUAAUACUCUAUUGUAUACAUUCAUUAUAUAUAAAAAUAUGACAGAGGUAAUUAAAUGUACAAAGGCGAGUCUGAAAGAGUUCUCUUCCAGCAACACCCAAAGUGGAAAGAAGCAUCAAUGUCAAGGGGUAGAGCGGUGUACAACAUUGUGACAAUUUUCAAACAAGAAUUAGACAAAUUUAAGUUUAUACAUAACUAAUUAUAUAAUGUUUUAUUUAUUACUUUAUUAGAAUGUACUUGUUAGGUAUUCUUAUUUAAAUAAUC